CUUUUCUUGAAAAGCGAUCGGAAAAAUGAAUCCGUACGCGUAUCCACCAGCACAACUACAACAACAGCAACCACAGCAGUACCAGUACCAAGCACAGUACACUCAACAACAGCCGUAUUACUACGUUCAACAACCUACUCAAGCGCAAGUGUUCCAAACGCCUCAACAGUAUCCACAAUAUGGAGCUAUCACUUAUCAGACUCCCCAAACAGCUGCUUCAGUAGGUCAGUAUCCUGUACAGGGAUAUGCUCAAGUCGCAGGGGCACAGCAAUAUGUGGCAGCUAAUGCUCCAGGGCAAAAUUUUUAACCCGGAACUGCUCAAGUCAGCCAAGGCCACGAUCAGGCGACAGCACAAAAAAAUGCUCCGAUCGCGAGUGAGGAGAGACCACCGCCAUUGCCGCCAGAGCAGGUUGAUUCUUCCACGGCUGCCCCUCCUCCCUUACCUCCUGAGCCAGCACCUAAUUCUUCAUCAGUUGAACAGAAGAUCUCUGAAGCUCAGAGGGAGUAUCAGGAGAAGUAUGCGGAAUGGCAGCGGCAGUAUGCCCAGUGGCAGGCUCAGCAUCAGAACCAUCCUGAUCAGAAGCAGUACCAAGAGUGGCAGCAGCAGAUGAAUCAGUGGACGCAACAUAAUCAAACCUUAAUGCAGAGUAAAGGAGGAGACAAGGAGCAGCAGAUGAAUCAGUGGACGCAACAUAAUCAAACCUUAAUGCAGAGUAAAGGAGGAGACAAGGAGCAGCAGAUGAAUCAGUGGACGCAACAUAAUCAAACCUUAAUGCAGAUUAAAGGAGGAGACAGGCAGCAGCAGCAGCCAAUUCAACAGCAGGCUGCUGUAGGAAGUGUAUCUACUCCAGCUCAAGGGCAUACAGUCGUACAGCAGCAGCAACAAUAUCAACAAUAUCAACAGCAACCACAACAUCAACAACAACCACCACAACAUCAACAACAACCAUCACAACAUCAUCAACAACCACCACAACAUCAACAACAACCUCCACAACAUCAACAACAACCACCACAACAUCAACAACAACAACAACCACAGCAUCAACAGCAAUCCCAACAUCAACAACAAUCACAGCAUCAACAACAACAACCACAGCCUCACCAACAACAACAGUUGUACAGUCAGCAAACUCCCUUUAUUAAUCAGCCUCAGCAAUUUGUUCACAAUCAACAACAGCCUGUUCAGGCCCAGUGGUCUCAAGGUAAUUCUUCACAAAAUACUCCAGGCCAUUAUAACCAACAACAAAAUCCAAAUUAUUUUAACCAGAGACAAUCACAACAGCAACAACAACAACAACAAUGGCAGUCGCAAUAUGAUCAAAAUAAAACAUCAAACUGGACACAAAAUCAGAACAAUAGAAACAGGCAGAGUUCUCAGAAUUAUAAUCAAGGUCCAGUGCCACAAAAAAUCCCUGGUUUGAUGGAUGUUCAGCCAAUCAGACCUCAAAAUGACAGUAAAAUUCAGCAUAAAAAUGAAUUUACAACAGAGGAGAGUCAUCUCCCAAAGUGGAUGCAGUCCUCUAAAGCUACAGCUAGACCAAGUGAAUUAGAGAAAAGUUCUACUUGGACUCAGAAAUCUGCUGCAGCUGAAAAUAAAAAUGUUCCCAAAUGGCUACAAUCUCAGAACAGUUCUACAAAUCAGCAACAACGUCAAGAUGACAAUAAUAUGCCCAAAUGGUUAAAAGAAAAACUUGAAAAAACUGAAUGGGAUGUGAAACAAGAAGCGGCAAAGAAAGCUCUCCAAGCUACAGAAGCUCAAAAGAAACAUAUUCCUAAAUGGUUGCAGGGGGGGUCUUCGAAAAGUUAUCAAACUGAAACUGUCUCUCAAGAGAAGCAGAUGCCAAACUGGCUUAGUAAUAACAAAUCUUUCCCAGUUGAUAACCAAGGUGAAGAUCACCAGACAAAAGCUCAGAUACCAAAAUGGCUUCAGGCUAAGAUGCCUGCUGCUCCAAGAAAUACUACAGGACAAAUCAACCCAGGUGAAACCUCUACAAAAACAGGAUCUAAGUGGGAUAAAAUGGAGAGAAAUAGGCCAUCUGCCAUGAUUGGUAUAAGUCCUGAUAAUCUAGAUCCCUUAAAGGAGCUUGAGUUUCUAAGGAAACAGCAAGAACAACUUCAGCAACUUGAGAAACUGGAGAAACAACUGAAGCAGACAUCACCUGCACCCAGCACCAUGAGCAAGUCAGAAUCAACCACGGCGACGUCAUCAAGUCAUGUUGUAACCAGUAGCCAGGCUGACAAAACAACAAAUGAUCCAUGGUUACAGUACAGCCUUUCAGGCCAGGCAAAUGAUAAAUCAAGUCCUGCAGAUUAUAAUAAAGGUACCACUGUCAGAAAUUCAAAGCCUAAAGGCAAAAAGUCAGCCUGCAAGUUUUUCCCUAAUUGCCGUUUUGGGAUUGGCUGCAAAUUUCAACAUCCUCCGUGUAAAAAUGGUUUGAGAUGUGAGAAUGAUAGGUGUAUAUUUGAUCACAGUGAAGAUUCUUCAAAUGAACAAAAUGCAGAGGAAUCACAAUACCCAGGUGAUUUUCCAGAUGAGUCUGAGAUGCAAAGCCAGGGUAUUGUUUCAUUAACAGGUCCAGGAGAUCAAAUUCCUGGUAUUGGAGAUGGUGAAUUUCCAAUAGUGCCAGCACAAACUCAAGAUAAAACUAAAACAGAUGGGGACAGCAAAGACAAAGAUAAUUAUCAAGACAGCAAGUAUCAUCAAUCACAAGGAGAUUACAUUGAUGUCGAAAGUGAGCAAUACCAAGGUGAAGAACAGCCACAGGUUUCAAUAGGAGAACAAUCUGUUCCUACUGCAUCAAGACAGAAUGAAACAGAACAUUUUCAGCAGUCUGAACAUCAUGAGCAUGUCUGGGGUCCCAGAGGUGAUCGGGAGAGACCACCAUACUUUGGGGAGAGACAUCCAAAGGAUACCCUUCCUUGGGAUAAAGAGAAACCCCAUCAAGAUUCAGAUAGGCCCCCACCACCACCUGGUGAUAGGUUUUUGGGCUGGGAUAGAGAGCACCCUCCUACAAACAGAGAUGGAAGGCCACCACCUCCAAGAGAGGGGCAGUAUGGUGAUGAAGACUUGCACAGAAAAGACUGGAGACCACCAUUUGAUAGACAUAACAGUGGACUAAGACCCCCAUCACCAAGGGGUGAAAGGGACUUUGGUCCUUUUAGGCAUGAUAGAGAUGGACCACCACCUUUCCCACCUGGUGAUCGAGAUACAGGACCUUGGCCAGAUAAGCCAGUUGGAAGACCUCCUUUUCCAAGAGAAGAAUGGGAUAGAAAACCCCCUUUCCCAAGAGAUAGACCCCCCUUUUCAGUGGAUGACAGGCAUCCUCAAGAACAGUAUGGCAGAAGGUCUCCAUUAGGAAGACACAACUGGGAAGAGAGACCACCUCUACUAAGGGAUGGGGAAGAUCAGAGGCCACCUUUUAGGGAUGUGAAGGAAGGAGGACCCCCUGUGCCAGGAACUGAACCAGAUCUUAAACCUCAUGACAUUAGUGCCAUUGAUAACUACUCAAAACAGGAUGAACAAGGCAAGGAGGGACAUCAGAUACCAAGAGAGCCUACUGAUAAAGGACCACCAGAAAUGGAAGGGAGAGACAGACCACCGUAUCCAAGAGAUGAACGACCCCGCCCUCCCUCCCCUGGGCGUGAUUGGGACCAACCACCUUUCCCACAAGAUCAUUGGGACUGUCCUCCUUUCCCUAGAGAUGAGUGGAACAGGCCUCCUUUUCCAAGGGAUGACAGAGAUCUACCUCCUUUCCCCAGAGAUGAGUGGGAUCGUCCUCCUUUCCCAAGGGAUGAAAGGGAAUGGCCACCCCAUUCUAGAGAGGAAAGAGAUAGACAUCCUUUUCCUAGAGAUGAAAGAGAUUUUUCAUUUCCACCAAGAGGAGGCAGAGAUCGUUGGCCACCACCUCCGAGGGAUGAAAGAGAGAGAUGGCCUCCUCCUCUCCCUCCAGGUGAAAGGGAGGAAUUUCGAUGGUCCUCAAGGGAACACGGUCCUCCAGGAAGACCCAUGUCUCCCAGGGGCAGAGAUGGGCAUAGAGGGAGACACCCAUUUGAUGAGGACGAGAGAAGAAGACGCAUGUCUCCACCUCCUUGGCCACCACUUGAUCACAUCAGACGGGGACGAUCUCCGCCAGUGGAAGAGUUUAGAGGCAGGCCUCCACCUCCUGAGGAGUUCGAUCGCUUUGGUCGCCCUCUACCACCACCAUGGGAUAGAGAGAGAAGAGACUGGAGACGACUUCCUGAAGAAGAGAGGUUUAGAGACUUACCCCACCCAGUUGACAGGUGGAGAAGAUCACCCUCACCUCACAGGGAACUUCCUGAUCGCUUCCCUACUGAUCGCUUCCCUCCUGAUCGCUUCCCUCCUGAUCGCCCCAGAGAGAGGGAAAGAGAUGGUAGACGAGGACCAGAUGAUAGGUUUUAUGAUGAGCGACCUCCUCCAGACAGAUUGCCUCCAAUGGAUGAUCACUACAGAGACCGACCCCGAUACCCAGAGGACCGUCCUCUACAUGACCCUGCUGCCUACCCACCACACCCUCACGACAGCAGACAUCCAACCGAGGCACCACGGAUGGAAAAGAAACCAGAGACUGUUCCAGUGGAGAGCAUCUUGGACCCUCCAGGGCGUGACUCUAGACCAGACAGGAUUGUCAUUAUUCUUCGAGGACCCCCAGGCAGUGGAAAGACGCAUGUAGCCAGGCUUAUCAAGGACAAGGAAGUGAACAACGGAGCACAUGCUCCAAGAAUUCUGGCCUUAGAUGAUUACUUUUUAAUGGAAGUGGAAAAAGUAGAACAGGACCCAGAAACGGGGAAGAAAGUCAAGAAGAAGGUAACAGAAUAUGUGUUUGAAGAAGAGAUGGAAGAAGCUUACCGGGCCAGUCUGUUUAAAUCAUUUUCUAAGACACUGGAAGAUGGAUUUUUUCCUGUGGUGAUAGUCGACGCUAUUCAUGACAAGGUUGAACAUUUUGAGAAAUACUGGAGCCACGCAAAGCAAAAGGGAUUCGAGGUUUAUAUCGCUGAGUUGAUGGCUGAUGCGCAUGCGUGCGCCAAACGGAACAGUCACAACCGGACGUUUGAGGACAUCAAUAAGGUACUAACUAGGAUGCCUUUCUAA